GUUCCCACCGCCCACCUGGCCUCCUCCUCGCCCUACGCCGAGCCCCGGGCCCGCCCGCUCCGCAGGCAACUUUAAGACACUGCUGUCUGAGAAGCUUGAAAUUGUUUUUUUUUUUGCCUGUGAAAACUGGAAAAUGUUCAAAAAUCAGUACCAGGGUGGCCCAUUUGUUGAAAUAUUCAGUGCUCAAGGCAAGAACCCAGAAGCAAUAUGGAAGAUUUCUGGCAAUUCAUCAGCUAUAUGGAAAGAAUAUGAUAAAGAAGUAAAAGGCUUUGUUUUUGUACUUGAAGGAAACAGUCAAGUCAACAAAAUGCAGCUACCAAAGGAAACUAGACAAACAUUGGGACUGAUCCAGAGAUUUCUGACACUUCAGAUUUUUGUGCCACUGGGACGAGACUUCUCCAUUGAGUUACUGAUAACUGAUUUAGGAAGUAUUAAAAGAAGAUUGUAUUUAUCAGCAGUCCACAAGGAGUUGUCUAUGACCCCUUUGCAUGCAAAAAUUCCACUGUUUACAAUGAAACGCAGAAUAUGGUGCAAUAUGUGUAUUGACUUGGUAGGAUUCACCAGUGAAAUAUUCAGAGGAGCUGCCUUCCAGUCUUUGGAUGGAAUUAGUAUUUCAGCUAGCUGUAAACUGAGAAAGAUCUUCACUUUAAAAUCCAAGCCUCAAGACGCAGCUGAGAAAGGUGCUAUGUGUGGUGCUCCAGUUACGCCAUGUGAGCCCACAGAUGUUGUUCCUCCAACCUGCCGGCUAAAUAAAGAUGUGCCGCAAGUUAUACAAUUGCUGACCCUCACUAAAACACAAGUCGAAAUAAAAUGCAGGACACAUCCAGUAAGACUGCAAGAAACAGGUAGCUCAAUUAAUUGAGGACAUCACAAUAUACGCACAGGUAAAACCCAGGAUGUAUCAUAUAUUGCAUUUGGAUCAAAGAUCCUUGGGCCACCUCCAUCUUCAAACAGAGGAGUUAGUACAAGGGUAUCUGGAGAGAGCUGUGGGAUUAUGUCCAGAGCAUUGUGUUUGGUUGUGGACCUCCAGAAUAAGAGAUACUGUAACAUCCAGUGGAGGGCAAGUGAAACUCUUGAUCAUUUUGCAGACUUCUGCAAGCCUUUUCUUAUUCGCAUUUGGAAGAUGUUUGUAUCCCAAGAUAAAUCUGCGUAUUUGGGUUGUAUUUCAGACCCUGCAAUUCAGACUCGGGAUACCUCUGAGAGUGGAAGAGUAGAUUUUCAGCUCGACUCAUCACAGGGACCAUCAGCAGACAAGAACAGUCAUAGGAGUUUAUCUUUAAAAGAUGCAUCCAAAACCACGUGGAAGAUAACCAGUGAUGAAUGGGUAUCUCCAGAAAGUCUCACUGAGAGUGUUCAAUUGGAUAGGAGCGAGCAGUUUGUAGCUGAUGAAGAUUCAGCCUGCUGUAAUGUAACCUUGCCAAAGAAUGCCUCAGUUGAACAUCACAGCAAUGAAACAGGUGAUCACCAAGUGAAUAAUAAAGAGACUUUCACAUUUUCAUCAAGACCUCGAUCAGCUCCUCAUGGGAAUUCUCCAGAUACAUCACCAGGAUGUGGCAUUUUCCAUUUGGAUUUGAAGCAAGAUAGUAACGGAGUACAUGGGAAAACCCAGAUUGAAAAUAAUGUUCAAGGAACUGACAGCAGUGAAGAGGAGUAUGACUGGGAAAACUACCAGUCAAAUGGACUCAGUUCAUCUGAACUACAGAUGCUGGCUAGCAUGAAGAGACAGCAAAGUGAAGAAUCAGGGGAUACUGGGAUCUCCCAUGGGCUGAGUGCAUCACAGAUGAAUAACUGCAAUGUUAGCCUAAGUACAAGCAGUGAAGAUACAGCAUCCUGGAACUCUUGUUUCCCACCUCCCACCAGUCAGGAGCAUCACUAUCAGAAAGAAAUGAGCCCACUUUCUCACUCCAACCCGCGGGACUGGAUGGACAUGUUCAGUCCCCCCAUCAUUCCUAGAAGCCAACAGCUGGAAAAGCACACUAGAUCUUCAACAAAUUGGAGGUAGGAAUUUAUGAAGACAAUGAAAAGGUCCUGGGUAGAAAGACAUUUUGAAAUGCUCUUUCUGCAGUGCUGGUGCUGCCUUUUCAUAGUUUUGUAUACUGCAGCAUUUUGGUUCCAAGUUAUUUUUACUAUUCUUAGCUCAAGCUGGUAGAGUUUUCCAUGCAGUAUU